GCUCCUCCACGGCUCGCAAGCACCGCUGCUCGCGCUCUCCUUCUCUUCUCUCGCUCUCCUCCCUUCCCGCAAGGUAUUCACCACUCCGCGGUCCCGCGUUAUUUCUACUGUUAGUGUUAAGGUAGUUGUAAUUGAGCAGUGCGUGAAUAAAGAACGACAGGUUGAAGUCAACCCCGCGCGUUUUUAAUUUCGGGGAAAAUUUCAGCAGCCGCCGCAGCAACCACAACCAAAGGAAUCUUUCCGCCCACUCCAUUUCAUGGUCCUUCGAGCCGGAUGAGCUCUGAUCCUGCCAGCGCUCCUUGCGGAAAAUUCAAGAUAAACUUACUCACUUCCUCCAAUAAUGGCUCCGCGACCUCGUGCCACCCAGUCGUUGGAAAGCAGACGUACUCGAGGUAUCAAAUCCUACCGCUGCCGAGUCUGCUCUGGAAUCCAUGCACUUCGGAAGUGCAAGAGGUUCCACAAACUGAGCGCUGAAAAGCGCCUUCGGGCAGUACUUAUUAAUAAGUACUGCUCGAACUGCCUCGCCCAUCAGCACUCAGGAGGAGACUGUCGCAGCCAAGAGGGAUGCAAGAAGUGUGGAGGAGACCACCACACCCUACUCCACAUGCACGAGGUCCUCCCCGCUCCGAACCCGGCAGCGCUACCAGCUCCGACGCGCAGAGAGCGCCAUCCCGCUGCACCUCGUCCGGUCCGGAUUUCCCGCACUCCGCCACCAGCCCCAGUCGCCAACAAUCGCCCGCGUCAGCAGCAACAGAAGGCUGUCCCCAUACUGCCUACAGCCAUCGUCGUGCUGGACACGGGCUCGAAGACCUUCGAGACCGGGGCCAUGAUCGACCCAUGCAUGCCGGUGAGCAGCAUCGACCGGUCGUUAGCGGCUGCGUUCCGGCUGCCCAUCACUCGGCUGGGAAGCAACGAGAUCUGCUCGGUGACACUCCGGUCCCGAACCAGCACCUUCCGACUCAACGUCGUCCUGAAGAUCGAACCCAGCCUAAGGAUCCGGACACCCAUCCGAGCUCUGAGCGACGCCGCCAGGGCCAAGUUUGACGGUGUUCGUCUCGCGGACGAGCGCUUCCACCGGCCGGCCUCCAUCUCCCUCGUGUUGGGAUCAGAUGUAUAUGCCAAUUUGAUCCAACCGGGGUUCCUAAAAAUUGAGGAUGGGUUGCCCGUCGCGCAGAACACGGUGUUCGGAUGGACCGUUUCUGGAACGUGCGCGAAAUGAAGAGGACGAUCCUGAUGUCUAGCCGGCCAGGGAUACCUUUGCCUACGCAAGGGGGGGGAGAAUGUUCACGCCAGAAGGGCGCAAACAGUUGAGCGGCAGUGUAAGCGGCCAAUGCUUGUACUCGAAGCUCCUCCACGGCUCGCAAGCACCGCUGCUCGCGCUCUCCUUCUCUUCUCUCGCUCUCCUCCCUUCCCGCAAGGUAUUCACCACUCCGCGGUCCCGCGUUAUUUCUACUGUUAGUGUUAAGGUAGUUGUAAUUGAGCAGUGCGUGAAUAAAGAACGACAGGUUGAAGUCAA